GCCUUUGAAACGGCUCGUCCCAUGGCGAUGGCACCCAUGGAGGGUGGAAUCGUGCCCAUGCAUGUGCAAAUCUUCCAGGGUCUCGUGCCGCAAGUCGCUAGCCAGGCCACGUCCCUUGAGAACAUUCUACGGACUCUGUGUCAAAAGAUCGAAACCCUCGAGGCGUGCCUGACAUCCAUCAACUCGGGGGUUGUGGAGAUGGACAUGCGUCUGAAAACCAUUGCUCACAACAUCGAAGGGGGCACGAACGACGACGGAUUUGGCGCCAUGAGCACAUUCAUGCCACCGCUGGUCACGGAAAAAGCGCAGGCGAAGCAGCCGGCCAAGUCGGCUGUCGUGUCGCACGUGAUCAGUGCGUUGGCCAUGGGGCACAUUGCCAAGCCACUGGAGAGACUCAAGAAGAAGCGAAAAAAGGCGACUCUACAAACACCGCCAGUCGACGUCGCUGGGUACGGCGCGGGUCUGGCCAGCGGCGCUCCGGUGCUGACGGACAAGCCCAUCGCCACACUUAACCGGGGCCACAGCUCAGCCCGGCUCCUCCGCGAUUCGCCACGGUCAAGAUCCAUUCCAGAGCAGCGGGAGAUGCCACACUCGGCGCGUUCAAAGUCAAUCGUGCGCUCGCUAGCGUUUGAACAACACGCGGAGGGAGUUGCGGCACCUCUGGUACCGAACACAGUGCCAUCGACACCUGUCACGGAAGAGGUGCCAAAGGAAUCGGAGCAUGAAGUCGAUGAGCCCGUUGUUCUCGUCCACGCGGAUCCGUGGGACAUGGGCGACCCCCCAGCCGCAACGACAGGACCACGGCCAACGGAUGCAUCGAAGGAAAGCACGGACGGUCUAGCGAGUGCAUCCUCCAACGGUGCAUCCACCGUUCUGGUCGCUGCGCACGUCAAGCACGAUGUAGCCGUUGCGAAUGCUUCAUCGAUUCAAGCACCAGCUACACCAAAGCUGUCGGUAGAGGUCACGGGUCCUCGGUAUGUACAACCCAAGCAAGGCACAACGGACGUAGUCGAAGCACACGUUUUGCAACCAACUCAACUGGUGCCAUCAAGUCGAAGCGAGUCUACGAGGGCACUUGCUGCCGAUGCGUGCAUCGAGCCCCGAUCGUCUCCUCGACGGCGCUCCAGCCCGCUCGAGACGCCACCACCCAAGGCAAUCGAGGAAUCCGUUCGUAUUCCACGCCUCUCGCUGUCUCGCUUGCACGUUGAGCGGUUGACCCCGCUGCAAACACCCGUCACGCCACUGGAACCGCAGCCUCUUGUCGAACCAGCAGCUACACCCUCGUCGAACGCAGCAAAAGAUUCGCCACAGCACCGCGAAACCAUCGCCACAUCCCAUCAAGUAGCACUACGGUCAUCGGUACCGGGGGCAAGGCCAGCGUCCAUGACACGGAAGAAAACGAUGAAAAUUCUCCAACGAUCCGCUCUUUCCAAGUCACAGCCGACUCAGUCGAGCACCUCCCCUGCCAGCCCUCCAUCUUCCCAACAACACUACACACUGGUGGAAAAACUGGAUGCAUCUCAAACUACCACGACACCGCCUGCCGUGGAGGGCGGAAGUUUGUCAGAAAGCAGCGACAGCGUAGACGAUGACGAAGACGUUGACGAGAAACAAAUUGGGCCAUCGGAGGAAGACGUGCAGCGCCUCAAGCAAGCAGGGCAACAUGGCUGGCACGUCGUGCGCACCAAGCUAGCCACGUUGAAGCGACCCAAGAACAUUUUGUUUACAAAGAAAAAACAGCUCUUCACCAUUGCAAACCGCUUAGAAUUGCUCGAGCGCAAGUCGAAGGAGCUGUUUGCCGGAGAAAAGCAGCUGGCGCUUCUCCUGGCGAAAAAAGUCGAAGAUAUUUUGGCCACCGUGAUGGCUGCGGUCGAAGUGAAGGUGAAGGACGUGCACCGUGACCUUGGCAAAGCCGUCGACGACAAGGCAGAUUCGCACGUGGUGCUUGCGUUUUCCCAUCGAAUUCAAGCCCUCGAACAGGCUGUGCGCGCGGCCAACGCCGAUUUCAUAGACAGGCUAUCUGUAAUGGCCACUCAGAGUGAAGUUGAUCGAAAGGUGAACAUGAACCAUGCAACGGCGCAAUCGUGGCAUGAUACGAUGCAGGCGGAAUUGCGCGAGCAAGCGGCGCUCCUGACCGACCAUGCAACGCGUGUACGCAUGCUCGACGAGACCCUGUCCAAGUCGAAUCAAGACAUGGCUUCGCAAUUCAAAGUGCUUGCCGAUGGUGUCUGGUGAAGGAGGAAUGAGUGACUGUGUGCCGUUAGGACUUGCUGGAGCAAUGGCAGUCCACCCGAGCUGCUCAAGAUGACAUGCGACGGCAACUGAGGAAGAAAGCCGACGCGAAAAUGCUCAAGGAGCUGGAAGUCACCAUGUUCAAAGGGCACGAACCCAAAGAGAACGAGUCGUGCGCUGCUCGAUGCAUGUCGUGCAGGAAGGACAUUGUGGAGCCAGCCACCCCCGAGCACGACCCCGACGCGCUCCACCGCGACGUCGUGCACAACAGCCUCACCAAAAAAGUCAACAUUGGCCAGUUUGCCACCAAGGUCGAUCCGACUCGGCGCGCCUUGUGGGUUGAUCCUGGUGGUAGGUGUAUCGCAGCACGGUCCCGUUGAAUGCCGAGCUCGUGAGUUUGCGAGAAGAGAGCCCAGCUCCGCCCAUGUCGCCUCUCGAGUACGUUGGUUCUGCUGUCGGCGGGCUCGUCGUCGUCGUCGUCACCACCACGCACGGCGUAGCAAACUUAACGUUGUGGCCGACAAGAAGGUCCUGAAGAAGCGGCCAGGGACCGCGCCGUUGAAACCCGCCGCCACUCCGAAAGGAAGAAGGGAUGGCUUGACCGUCGAAAUCCCCCGCCACGUGAAAAACUAACACAUGUCGCCGUUGAACAUGCAAAAAAAAUUUUUUU